GGUUGAAGAGAAUUGUAAUUCAUUUUAUUCUUGACGUUCGAGCUACAAACAUCCAAAUCGGUUUUAGUUGUUUUUUUUUCGGUAAAAAUUCAAUAAGUAAUCCCAUUUUGGUAAGAUGCCCAGCAAGAAGAAGGAUUCGGUCAAGAGCGCCAAGAAAGGAGCCUCUGAUGGAACUGGUGAGAAACCAAACGCAGAUCCUGCCAAGUCUGGCUCAGCUACCUCUGCGGAUCCUUUGGCCGAAAAGGAGGCAAAGGGCAGCAAGAAGGGCAAGGGCAAAAAGAAGUAAAAUCUAUACAAUAUUUUUCCAUCCUGAACCCAAAAUCGGAUGCGAAUAUAAAUGGAUACCGCUAAUGUCAUAACGAAACAAUAAAACCGAUAUA